CGAACUCCUGACCUCAGGUGAUCUGCCCACCUCAGCCUCCCAAAGUGCUGGGAUUACAGGUGUGAGACACUGUGCCCGGCCUUCUUCCUACCUAUUUUUAUUCAUAGAUAUAGUUCUUGAACACUUUCAGAAUGUUAUGUAAUUCCUGCAUAAGUGGUGUCACUUUACAUACAACAUUCUACAGGUUGUGUUUUUCCACUCCGUGUUUGUUGUUUGCCAUCAGAGCACACUGAUCUGUAUCUCUCAUUGCGUGAGUAGCCCCGGGUUUUUGUGCUUUUCCCUGCUGGUAGGCAUUUUGAUUGUCUCUGCUGUGCAGUCACCGCUCUUUGUGGAAUGCAAUUCUGGUUUUGUCAGAUUGUCCAUCAGCCAGGUACUCGGUGAUCAGUCAUGGAGAGACGGGUCAGGUCUGUCACUGGUAAUCCCCUAGGUUUGCAGUAUACAGCCAAGAUCAGCAACCUAAAAAUAGCAGUUCUUACGUAAGGCGGUGUGGGCAGCUCUUCUCAGGACACUUGUGAUCUACAGGGGCAAGUGGAACGGGACUCGAGGGCCCAGCAUCUUCUCUUGGCAAUGCAUCCAGCUGUCACACUGGGACCCCACUCUGGCUUUCCACUGGUGGCCAGGCUCAGAACUGCAGCUCAGUGACCCAGAAACACUCCGGCGGCUGGAGACGAUGGUGGACCACUUGGCCAAUACGGAGAUCAACAGCCAACGCAUCGCGGCCGUGGAGAGCUGCUUCGGGGCCUCGGGGCAGCCUCUGGCGCUGCCGGGCCGAGUGCUGCUGGGCGAGGGCGUGCUGACCAAGGAGUGCCGCAAGAAGGCCAAGCCGCGCAUCUUCUUCCUCUUCAACGACAUCCUGGUGUAUGGCAGCAUCGUGCUCAACAAGCGCAAGUACAGCAGCCAGCACAUCAUUCCCCUGGAGGAGGUCACGCUGGAGCUGCUGCCGGAGACGCUGCAGGCCAAGAACCGCUGGAUGAUCAAGACCGCCAAAAAGUCCUUCGUGGUGUCAGCCGCCUCCGCCACGGAGCGCCAGGAGUGGAUCAGCCACAUCGAGGAGUGUGUGCGGCGGCAACUGCGGGCCACGGGCCGCCCACCCAGCACGGAGCACGCGGCACCCUGGAUCCCCGACAAGGCCACGGACAUCUGCAUGCGCUGCACACAGACGCGCUUCUCCGCCCUCACGAGGCGCCACCACUGCCGCAAGUGCGGCUUCGUGGUCUGCGCUGAGUGCUCGCGCCAGCGCUUCCUGCUCCCGCGCCUGUCGCCCAAGCCUGUGCGUGUCUGCAGCCUCUGCUACCGUGAGCUGGCUGCCCAGCAGCGGCAGGAGGAGGCGGAGGAGCAGGGCGCGGGGUCCCCAGGGCAGCCGGCCCACCUGACCCGGCCCAUCUGCGGAGCAUCCAGUGGAGAUGAUGAUGACUCCGACGAGGACAAGGAGGGCAGCAGGGACGGCGAUUGGCCCAGCCGCGUGGAGUUCUAUGGCUCGGGCGUGGCCUGGUCUGCCUUCCAUAGCUGACCCCCGGCCUGCAGAACAUCUGUCCCCAAGCCAGCUCCGCUGCCCACGCCCCCAAGAGGACAGCUCCAGAAGCUGCCCAGGGCUCCGGGAGCCCACCCCAUUGUGGCAGGGGCAACGGUGGGGAGUGGCUCUUUCUGGACUUCCAGUGCCUUUUUCCUGGACACUGUGUCCUUCUGACUUCCCUGCAGGGAAUGCCUUUCCCUUCAGGAAGCCCCAGAACACCCAGACCUCUUGGGAACCAACAGCCAACUCCUGCUCUGCAGGCUGCUGCGGCAGCUCCAGGUGGCCUCCUGAGCUGGACGACCCCAGGUCUCCAGACACCUAGGGACCAGAGCCGGUUUCGGAACUUAGACUGAAGACAGCACGGGAAAGUAGCCGCAAGCCACAGAACCCACCCUCACCCCCACAAGCACACCCCACUGAAGAGGCUGAGUCCCAGGAGGCCUCCUGGAAGCUCAGGCCUGCCCCCCACCAUGCUGGUGCCCACUGCCUGGCCGGUGAAGCCCUGCCAAUCAGACAUACGGGCUCCCUGAAGCCCAGCCAGAGAUUGCCAUGCUGUGGAUGCCACCAGGCCCAGGGACUGCAGCCGCGACGCCCAGGGCAGCCGGGUGAGGACUCUGUCCUGUGUCACUUCUCUCCGGGUGUCCAGCCGUCUCGUGCCUUUUUAUCCUGUCCUCAGCUCUCCCUGCGGUCAGUGAAACCAGUGUUUUCUGUUAGGACUCAGUUGCAAGAACAGAAACCCUGCCCACACUUAACAAUAAAAAAGAAAGUUUAUUGAUGGGUGGUUGCAAA